CUGCUCUGUCUAUAUUUCCUCAUUUUCAGAUUCGAUAACGGGUAUGAGCUGAUUCUUUCCACAGCGGAAUUGACCCUCUACUACGUAUCCCGAUCCACUUUAUCCUCACUACUAUCGUACUCUGUGCUAAAUUAUCCAUUUGCGGUUCUGGUUAAGAUGAUGGUUUCCAACAUCAUGGUUAUCAAUGAUUUGACUGCUUCACGUAUUGAUGGAGCUCGAUGUUCGGCCAAAGUACUCGAUGGCAUGUGCUCGAAAAUGGCCUCUUCAAGUAUGUCUAAUGCUUCUUCACCAUUAGAAACUAUGGCCACUUCGGAAGAUUCUGGUGACAGUUCUCCUGUCACUCCACAAUCCAAGUGUUCCCCUCAUCCGUGUGCUACCUUAUUUGGCCAAUUCUAUGCUGCGGAUGAUUUUGACGUGUUGGAAAUGCUAGGAGAAGGUUUCUUCAGCAAAGUGUCGAAGGUAAGUUUCUAG